CUGUGUCUCCGUUGUCCUUCAGGCUUCCAAGAGGUGCAGGGGAGAUGGAGGUGGACCUUCCCGCCAGCAGAGGCCCCUCUCCUCGGGUAGAGAGCGAUGGAGACGCCCCAGAUGAAGGAGCAGCAUCCAGAGGUCCUGGAAGUCCGGCCCUCAGAAGACACCUGGGGACUGCUGCAAACAGUCCUCAUCAGAUCUCUACAGCCGCUCGACUUCAGAGUUUUGAUCGAGACAAAAACGUCUCGUUUCUCCUGAAGGAGCUCGACGCCCUGAGAGGGAUAAACAACAAGCUGCAGGAUCAGCUGGUCCAGAAGGAGAAGGAGCUGCAGAGGAGGGAGGUGGAGGAGGAGCUGAGGGAGGAGCAGAGGGAGGCGCAGCACUGGGGGAGACCUGCAGCGGUGUUGGAGGAGGUGCUGGCGGCUCAGAAGGACAGAGACCAGGCUCUGAUGUCACGACUCCUGCUGGCCAAUGAGGAGAGAGACGAAGCUUUGCUUCGCGCCCGCCGACUGCAGCAGGCGGCUGAGUCGGAGAGGGUUAACCUGGAGGAUACCAACCUGGACAUUGAUGAGCUCCUCCAGCAGGUCUGUGACGCUGACUCUGUCCAGGACAUCCAGCAGUUCGGUUCCGUUCUGGUUGAGCGUCUGCGGUUGGCACGGCAACGACGAAACGACAUCACAGCUCAGGAGAUGAAGGCAGUGAUGGAGGAGAGAGAUGGAUCAGUGGCCAAGUGUAAACGCCUGGAACAGGACCUGCUUCAGGAGAGAGAGCAGUGGGCGAGCGAGGACGAGCUGCUGAGGCUGGAGAGGGAGCGUGACGGAGCUGUGGAGGACAGACGCCGGCUGGAGGCGGAGAUUCAGGCGCUACGAGCCAAUCACAGCUCUCAGGACCUCGCCCCUCCCUCACAGCCCUCAUCGCAAGAUGACAGAGCCCCGCCCCCUACCCAGGUGGAGUCGCAGCAGACCCCGCCCCCUCAGUCCCCGCCCCCUCAGUCCCUGCUGAUCCAACUGCAGCAAAUGUCCAAGGAGAAGCAGAGCGUGGAGGCGGAGCUUCAGCGGUGCCAGCAGGCGGAGCGGGAGGCCAGCGAGAGAGUCCGCAGGUUGGAGCGUCUGGUCGAGGUGCUGAGGAAGAAGGUUGGAACCGGAAGCCUUCGCGCCGUCAUCUGAUCGCUCAGCCUCAUCAGUCACUUCCUGUAUUGAUUGUUUUCAUGUCACUGAACUGAUCGCAGGUGGUUUUAUUUUAUCCUUCAGCCAGUAAACACGUGUUCCUUUCUGUUAUUAUUAUUAUUAUUAUUAUUAUUAUUAUUAUUAUUAUUAUUUUAUUACUGGUGUUAUGAAGCUGUGAGUGUUUUUCUUUUCUUCUUUAAAUACUUUUAAGGACCUUGAACUGUAAAACACCUUUUCAGCCUUACAUUUCUCUGUUUUCUUUGUUUGUUUUUUUCCCCAGAUGUUUUCAAUCGUGACUGUAUUCUAAGGAUAAAUAUAUAUUUUAACGGGACAAUCAGCUGAUUUUAUUUGUGCUGUUACUUUUACUUUUUGAUACUUUUAUCUGAUGAUGUAUUCAAUAUGAUCGGGUGAGUUUCUUUCUGCUUUUUUUUUUUGCUUUUAACUUUAAAUAAAUUGGUCAUAAUGUU